CAGAAGCAUUUUUUAGAUGAAACGUGUUAACAAGUAACUGAACCUCUGUUUUGUUUUUGUUACGUUAUAUCUUCAUUCAUUCACCACCUCUGUGUCUGCCUGGAGUCAUGCUGCCGCUGAAGGAGAAGGACAAACCCAUCGUCCGGAAGCUGCUGUCGUCCGGCUGCUGCGCUCGCUGCGUCCUCAGGUUCUGCUGCGUCAGCGUCCAGGCUGCCUACAGAAAACCCCCACAGGAUACGCUCAAGGAACUUCAAGCGUUCAUCAGCAACACGGAGAACAGCAAAUCCCAGGAAUCAGCAGCCGAUUCCACAGAAGAAAACAGCAAAUCCCAUGAUGCAGCAGUGUCAGAAGCACCCGGAGAACCACCGAAUAAAAGGGUGAAACUGGAGCCCAUUGGGACAGAGGAAGAGGCUGCGGCUGCUGCGGUCAAACUGAAGGAAGAAGAGUCGAGGGUGUGUGUGGCGUGUUUGGGGAUCCUACAGGAACUCUGUGGCUCGACUCAGGCUGUAAAGAUAGCGGAGAGAGUCAAGGCAGAAAAGUACGAGUUUGACACCGUGGUGCUGUCGGUGUCUCUGCCUGCUCAGCUGUGCGUCCGCGAGCACUCCUGUUGGCUUCACGUGAAGAAGGAAUUGAGAGAGAAGAGCAUGGCGGUCGACAAGGACAACGCCGUCCAGGUGAAGGAGGCCUUCAAGUGGAUCAUGCAGGGCGUGGUCGCCAAGGAGCUGGGGGGCGUCGCGGUGGUCACCAGGAGUUUGUUCGAGGUCAGUGUGGAGUUCACUCACCCAGAGACGGACGCUGACUGCCACUUCCUAGCGUCGACGUGUGCCGACUGCUUCAAACCCACCAAGAACAAGCAAUCGGUGUUCACCAGGAUGGCGGUGGUCAAAGCUCUGGAAAAGAUAUCUGACGCCGUCUUCCUAAAACAUUACGCUUGUCCACCAGCGCAGCCGACCAGCAGCUGCAGCCCUCAGUACGUCCAGUGUCUCCACGUGUCCAUCUUUGUCGCAGGGAGGUACAACAAGUUCAGCCGCAGUCUGCCUCAGACGCCGUGGGUGAUCGACGGAGAGAGGAGGAUGGAGUCGUCGGUAGAGGAGCUGAUCGCGGCGCCCGUCCUGUCGUCCUUCAGAGCCGACGGGUUUAAUUUCUCCUCGUCUGGCCGCGAGGAUGUGGACGUCAGGACUCUUGGAAACGGUCGUCCGUUUGCGAUGGAGCUGCUGAAUCCUCACAGAUCCAGACUGAGCAAAGUGGAGAUGAAGCAGCUGCAGGAGACCAUCAACGAGUCUUCAGACAAGAUCCGGGUGAGAGACCUGCAGAUUGUGUCCAGGGAGGCCAUGAGUCGCAUGAAGGAGGGAGAGGAGGACAAAACCAAGUCGUACACGGCGCUCGUCUGGACCCGGAAACCCAUUCAGAGCGACGACAUCGCCUUCAUCGACGACAUCAAGGAUCUGACUCUGGACCAGAAGACCCCUCUGAGGGUUCUGCACCGGCGGGCGCUGGCGGUCCGUCAGCGAGUCGUCCACCGGAUGAACACGCGCUUCCUGGACUCGCAUCACUUCUACCUGGAGCUGAAGACGCAGGCCGGGACCUACAUCAAAGAGUUCGUCCACGGAGACUUCGGUCGCACCAAACCCAACCUGUGUGUGCUGCUGAAGACCGACACGGACAUCCUGGAGCUCGACGUGGAGUCUGUGGACGUGGACUGGCCUCCGUCCAUACCAGAGUGAGCGCUUCCAUCACCUCGCUGCUGCCGGCCUCCAGGACCUCAGCAGGACUGGAUCUUGUGUUGAGGUUCAGAGCGACUGAAAACAUGAAGCCGGCUGCUUGUUUUUGGAUCAAAACUCCCCUCAACUUUAUCUUCAGUUGUAUCACAUACACAUAACCCUCUCUACUGGUCUGUUCUGUUAUUAUAGGAGGUCAUAAAUCAAAAGGGUUUAUUCUCUGUACGGUGGCCUUAUUAGGACAUCUCAGACUCUCAGCUUGAGCUGGACUUUUCUCAGUUUACUGUGAGAUUUCAGCGCUCAUCAACCAAACCUGACGGGGUAAAUUCAAUAUAUAUAUAUAUAUAUUUUUUUUUGUCUGUCAUCUUGGUGACAAAUGAUUGUCAGGUGAAAGGAUAAAAAUAUUGUAUAAAUAACUAAAUAUAAAUAAUAUUUUUGAUUUCCCCCCUUCAGUUUGCAGAGGGACGAGUGCUGAGGUCAGUCAACAUGCUAACCACUAGCAUGGUGGCUAGGUGUUAGCAUGGUGGCACCAGAGGAAACUGAAUCAGAAGGUUAAUUCUCUGUACGGUGGCCGCUUCGUGAGCUGUCUGCCCGAUAUUGUGAAAUAUUUGCCGAGGGUGAAGCAGACGCUCUAAUUUGAUAAUUUUACAACUUACUUCAAGAUAUUUUUAUUUUUUUUAAAGUUAAAAAUGUUCCCCUACAGUUUGCAUGGAGACGAGUCACACAGUCAGUCAACAAGAUAACGACUUUCCUGCUGUCAUUGAGUCCAAAUCAAAGAGUAACGAAAACUCUUUUUAAUUUGUUCUUUGGACGUAACGUUAGAUUUCCUGAUUUGAAUUUAAAAACAUGCCAGUUACAGAUGACUUUCUUUAGGUAGAGUUCCUGUACGGUGGAUUAGGCAACGUUUAACAGAUAACUUCUUUUGUUCAUAUUACUCAAAGUAAGGUGUUUAAAAUAAUGUUUGUGGCGUAACAGUUCAUGUUAACGCUCUAAUGUGAAGUGCACGCAGGUUGUUUGUUGCUUAAAAACCCAUUUUUGUUCGUUGACCUUCAAUCUGUUUUCUUUUCCUUGAAUCUUCUGUUGACGUCAUCUUCUGAACAAAUAAAGCACGAGGUUCAUUUUCCCUC